CUAGCGCAAAUACCACAUUAAGUAGAAGAAAACACAAACUGAAAACGCUGACUGCGCCCUCGCCCGCCCACUUUGCAAGCGGCAAAACCUGUGCAACUUGCAACUGCGGCCGCAAGCAUAAUAGGAGUUCGCAUAACCACAUACCACCAAAACCUCAACCACCACCACAAGCACAGCACCCCGAUCAUCCAGCAUGUAUCCCUGGAACUCCUCCACGUACAGCGGCCAAGUGCCCACUGGUGGCCUAACCAGGACGAUGCCGAAUGGUUUGGACGACCAGGAGAAGCUGCUCGCCGAGGCGGCCGGUGCAGCACGCAAACAGGCAUUCCAAAUGAAUCACUUUCUGGACAAGGAGCGCAUGCUGGACGCCCUCAAGUGUGCUAGCACAAUGUUAAGCGAGUUGCGCACCUCGAUGCUAUCCCCCAAGAGCUACUAUGAGCUAUACAUGUCCGUCACGAAUGAGCUGUGCCACCUGGAGCUGUAUCUCAGCGAGAAAAGCAAUAAAGAGACGGAUCUGUAUGAAUUGGUUCAGUAUUCGCACACGAUAGUCCCGCGCCUCUACCUGCUCAUCACAGUGGGCAUUGUAUACAUUAAGAACGACUCGACGCUUAAGCGCAGCAUUCUCAAGGAUCUGGUGGAGAUGUGUCGUGGUGUGCAGCAUCCUCUGCGCGGCCUCUUUCUUCGCAACUAUCUGCUGCAGUGCACCCGCAACAUACUACCCGAUGUGCUGGUGGCGGAGAACGAGCACGAGGGCAAUGUGUACGAUGCCAUCGAUUUUGUAUUGACGAAUUUCGCAGAAAUGAAUAAAUUGUGGGUGCGCAUGCAGCAUCAGGGCCAUUCCAGCGAGAAGACGCGCCGGGAAAAGGAGCGCGAAGAACUGAAAAUUCUGGUGGGCACGAAUCUGGUGCGUCUGUCGCAGCUGGAGUCCGCCACACUGGAGACUUACAGGCGUCUGAUACUACCCGGCAUACUAGAACAGGUGGUUAGCUGUCGGGAUGCCAUCGCGCAGGAGUAUCUGAUGGAGUGCAUUAUUCAGGUAUUUCCCGAUGAGUUUCAUCUGCAGACACUUGAUCCGUUCCUAAAGUCCUGCGCCCAGCUGGAGACAGGCGUGAAUGUUAAGAACAUUAUUAUUUCGCUAAUUGAACGACUGGCGGCCUAUAAUCAACGCAGCGGCAAGACGAGCGGCAAUGCCAUUGAUGCCAUCAUACCCGCCGAAGUGGAGCUAUUUGAGGUGUUCAGCGUGCAGGUGGCAAACAUUGUGCAGACCCGCACAGAUAUGCCGCUCGAGGACACAAUAUCGCUACAAGUGGCCUUACUCAGCUUGGCGCAGAAAGUGUAUGCCGAUCGCGUCGACUAUGUGGACAAAGUGCUGGGCACAACCGCACAAAUACUCGAUCGCAUGAACAUGAACAACAUUUCACACCUGUUGUCCGUUAAUCAGGAACUUUCGCGCCUGCUUCGCAUCUGCAUAGAUUUCUACAAUAAUGCGCUGACCAUUAUACAAUUGAAUAACUUUUGUCCGCUGCUGGAAAAGUUCGAUUACACCUCGCGAAAAUCGUUGGCAUUAUAUUUGGUUAUGAACAUAUUGGAGAAUGAAACUCUGGUGCCCACAGCCGAUCAGGCGGACAGCAUAUUGACGAUCAUAACACCGCUGAUCAAGGACGAUGAGACGAGCACGACGGCUGCCAAUAAUAGCGCGGAUGCCGAGGAGUUUGCGGAAGAGCAGGGCGUAGUGGCACGUUUUAUACACCUCCUGAAGUCCGAUGAGCCGGACAUGCAAUACAAAAUGCUGCAAAUAGCGCGCAAACAUUUGGGCAACGGCGGCGGCCAGAGACUGAAGCAUGUCCUGCCGCCACUUGUGUUCGCCGCUUAUCAGCUGGCAUUUAAAUACAAAGCAAUUGCUGAACAGGAUGAGAACUGGGACAAGAAGUGUCAGAAGAUUGUGCAGUACUGUCACAGCACAAUCAGUGCAUUGGCCAAAGCGGAUUUGCCUGAUUUGGCGUUGCGCCUGUAUCUGCAGGGCGCUUUGGUUAUUGGCGAGAUACGUUAUACAAAUCACGAGACUGUGGCGUAUGAAUUUAUGACGCAGGCCUUCUCGUUGUACGAGGAUGAGAUAUCCGAUUCGAAGGCACAACUGGCGGCCAUAACGCUCAUUAUGUCCACAUUUGAGCAAAUGUCCUGUUUCGGCGAGGAGAACGCCGAGCCGCUGCGCACCAACUGUGCGCUGGCUGCGUCCAAGCUGCUCAAAAAGCCAGAUCAGUGUCGCGGCGUUGUGGCCUGUGCGGCGCUCUUCUGGAGCGGCAAGCAAAAUGGAGAGGAGAUGCGCGAUGAGAAGCGUACGCUGGAUUGUCUGAAGAAGGGCGCACGCAUAGCCUCACAGUGUCUGGAUACGGGCGUGCAAGUGCAACUGUACGUGGAACUAUUGAAUCACUAUCUGUUCUACUUUGAGCGUGGCAACUCACUCAUCACAGUCGCCAUGCUGAAUCAGCUCAUUGCCAAGGUAAACGAAGAGCUGCCCAAUCUGGAACCCAGCGAGGAAACUAAGCAGAUUGAGAGUCAUUAUAAGAAUACGCUGGCGCACUUGCGCAGCCGCAUGGAGUCCAAUGACACCGCACUGGAAGUCUCCUUUGCCGGCAUCACACUCAAUUAAUGAUGAACUCCUCCUCCACCUUCUCCAUUUGCUAACCACUUAAAAACACAGCAAACAACGCCCCUCAUACACGCCUAUUUUUGUAAAGCUACUUAUCAGUGAGCAAAUAGUAAAACCCACUCUUCAAAAGGCUGGUUAAACAGAGAAUAAUGCAGAACCUUGCAAAACGAUCAAAA